AAUUAUGAAAGGGACAGUGGCAGACCGGGAUUGCGGAGAGGUCUCCGUUGAUUUUCUACGUCAAUCACUAAUCACUGGAAGCCUCUCUAUAGUUCUUCCGUCCUUAGCUGGUGUGAUAAACAGACAGGAAUCGAGAUCGAGAUUGAGAUCGUCUUGCAAAACCAAGGAUGUCUUCUCCCGCUGAAUUCUACAAAUCUCUUCCACCACUGAGCAAGUCUUAUGGGACUCUCUGCUUUUUGACUACUGCAGCAGUCAAAUUGGGUUUAUUAGGCUAUGGAAGUAUUGCCUUGGAAUAUCAUCCAGUAUUUACUAAGUUUCAGAUAUGGAGGCUUCUUACCAAUUUUUUCUUCCUUGGUCCAUUUUCAUUCCACUUCGGCAUACGGCUCAUAAUGAUAGCAAGAUACGGUGUACAAUUGGAGAGGGGUCCAUUUGAUAGGCGCGCAGCAGAUUUUCUAUGGAUGAUGUUGUUUGGAGCAUUUAUCCUACUGGUUUUGUCUGCCAUUCCUUUCUUUCGGUUUCGCUUUCUAGGGACGUCUAUGGUCUUCAUGCUUGUCUAUGUUUGGAGCCGAGAAUUUCGAACUGCACAGAUCAAUAUAUACGGUCUUGUCAGUUUAAGGGCAUUUUAUCUACCAUGGGCAUUGCUUAUGUUAGAUGUCAUUUUUGAUGAUCCCCUUAUGCCAGACCUGCUGGGAAUUUUUGCUGGUCAUGUGUAUUACUUCUUAGCAGUGUUACAUCCACUUUCUACUGGAAGAAAUUUGCUCAAGACUCCGUUCUGGGUACAUAGAUUAGUCGCUUCAUUGGGUUUGGCAGCACUACCAAAUUUUCGUGGCCAGCCAAACACGUCUAAUAGCACUGCUAGCGGGGUCUUCCGAGGGAGGAGCUACAGGCUGAACAGAUGAAAUCACCCUUGUGUUUAUCCUCUUUUCUGCACUUUCUAUCAACCUGAUCAUAUAUUUUGGCGACAACUUUUAUUGUGACUUUGCAUCUUCGCGUGUAGAAGAAAUGAAUGAAAGGUGGAACACUUGUUAGGAGUAUAUGGAAUAUGAAAAUUAUCAAAAGAUAUAUUAUAGUUGUGUAUUUAUCAAAGGAUACAGUAAAAUAAUGUGGAAUAUUCAUUUUAA